AUGAACGCCUGGACCGGUCGUCUGCAUACGGAGUAUCGGCAUCUGCUGGCCAGGGCCAACGAUGAUCAUAAGGUGCAGGCCAUUGUGGUCAGUGGUAAAGGCCGUGGAUUCUGUGUUGGCGGCGAUUCAGAGGCUUUGCAGGGCCAUUCCGCACGCGGUGGUUAUGAUCCGGGUACUGCCGAGGAUAUUGCCCGUCCCGGCUACGGCACGGCUGAAGAAUUUGAUGCGGCAUUUGCUUAUCAUUUUGGUUUGCAGAAAGUUGUUGUGGCGGCGAUUAACGGUCCGGCUGCCGGGGUUGGUCUGGCAUUACCCUGUUUUGCCGAUAUCCGUUUUGCGGUGCCGGGUGUGAAGUUCACCACAGCCCAUGGCAAAUUGAAUCUGCCGGCUGAAUACGGUCUGUCCUGGAUGCUGCCGAAGGUUGUUGGUCUGGGUCGCGCAAACGACCUGCUGCUCACCAGUCGGGUGUUUACCUCAGAUGAGGCUUAUCAGCUGGGGUUUGUGAACGCUCUGUUUGAACCCGAAUCUCUUAUGUCUGAAACCUAUGCGUAUGUGCAGAACAUGAUCAGCACGGUUUCGCCCAAUUCUCUGCGGCAGACACGCUGGCAGAUUUAUCGUGAUCUUCAUCGUGAUGUCGCCAGCAGUGUCAUCGAGUCGGAAACGCUGCUUAACCAGAUGAUGGGUGAGCCGGACUAUGCAGAAGGCAUCAGCGCCUUUGUGGAGAAACGCGCACCGGACUGGCCGUCGCUUAAAUAG